UCGAAUACUUUUUUUUUUUUGUUAUUGCUCACCUCACACAUUCCAUUAUAACAUAAUGGCUACUCCAAUUCCACCUCCAUUUCCAUCACCACGCACCACUAUAAUACGACCAUCCUCCUCAGCUAUACGAGCUACUACUUCUGCCACAACCUCAAGGCGCUCUAGACCUCGCACUACAUCAAAUACAACUCUGCCCACAUUUCAAGACGACAACACAAAUAACAGUAACAACAAUGGCAGUGGUGGAAGCUUAAGUGGUGGUGCUAUUGCUGGACUCAUUGUUGGAUUACUUUUCAUUCUUGUUUGCUCUGUUGCCGGAGGUAUGUUUCUGCUCAAGAAGAGACGCAGGCGCAUGAUGGUCGCCGGCCGAGUUGCUCAGAAACCCAAAGGUCAAUAUGGUGGUAGCAGUAACGAUGAUAAUGAUGAUGAAAAGGGACGAGGAGGUGUCCCACAACUUCUCUCAAAUCUGAUUUCUAAAACGCGCAAGGCUAUCAAUAGAGAGCCUAAGGCAAAGGAUGCACCAACAGUGGCAGUGCCAGAUGUCCGAAACAUUACUCAAUUACAUCAAGCGCAGCUCAGAGCCAUGAACUCCCCGUCAAGUUCAGUCAGAGCAGGCUCUCCAGCAACAGGAAUGUUCCCACCACACAGUGGCUCCUCUUUUCCUACUCACCAGAGUGGCUCAUUACCACCAACGGGUCCUCUGCCUCUUCCCCCGCUCUAUCAAGCAACUGCUCAAAACUUUACCCAGCAACAGCCGCCAACAAGCAAUACACAGCCAGGAGAUAUAGCCAACACAACAAUCAUUGGGCAAACUGACCAUCACCAGCAUCAGCCGCAAUAUCAAUAUCAACAGCACCAUUACCAACCAUCAUACCAACAACAACCGCCCAGUGGAACGUUUGCCCAACACAUUAGUACCCCAGCCAGUCAACCCUAUUUUUACCAACCAGGUACUGGAUUAGUUUCUGUACCACUAUCCCUUCCUGUCCCCCAUCAUCAGCCGCCACUCCAGACUGCAUUCUUGCAACAACCUCCACAGCAACAGCCACUUCUUGCUCAGUCCCCCCAACCACAGUCAUACCAACCUAUACCAUCCAAUGUCAAUAAGAUAUACACUGCUUCCCCGACCUCUAUAACGCCACUAUCAGGGCAGCCUGUACAUCAGUACCAGCCUACUAUCGGACAGUGGCAAGCGUCUGCUUCUUUCCCUCCACCACCGCAAACCUCAUCUCCUACUGUUAUUCAACCUAAAUCAACAACCCCUGAUGCAUGUAACGUCUUCUUGCCAGGCGAUGCAUCCAGACCAUUACUAGGUCAGGGGCUGUUCAAGAUCGUACCAGAUGCUGAAGAUGAAGAAAUGACACAACAAGCAAUCACCGAGGAGAGGAUAGCAGUAUCAAAGUCUAUUGAUACCCCGAAUGAUAUUCAGCUCUUGCAGCUAAAUCUUGGCGAUGAGUUUUUGAAAUCGGUGAUGACCUUUGAAAACCAGGACCAACGCUUCCAGAAUCUUGAAGCCGAUCGAGCUGUAUCUCCAGUUCUACAUCCUUCAAACCAGAGUGAAGUAUAUCCUGAUAUGAGGAAUGCUCUGUCAGAUGGAAAAGGGCUUCAGAACGACAAGCAAGAAUUGAAUGAAUACUUUCACGAACAACAAGACGAACAACCGCCUAUAGUAAUUGUUGGAAGUGAUAUCGUAUUAGAACCACUGCCGAGUGCCAAAGCAGCUGCUAUGGCUGCCCGAGAGGCAGCAUCUAAUCCGAGCAUCACCCCCUCUGUAACAAAAGCUCCUAGUCAAGAAAGUCUUCGCCUUCAAAAGCCCAGUACUAUCGAGAAUGUAAAACCAAGUCUUCAUCGCAAGGCUACAAUAGGUGCCAUGUUGCCUACAAUGGGGACUGAGGAAUACCUUGAACGCACGGACGAUAAAGAAGAGUAUUCUUUUGGAUUGCAUGGCGACAGGCGCACAUUGGCGGGAUCGUCUCUGGAUUCGGCGCCUAUAACUCACCCUCCAACGAUGGUUUCUUUGGCAGAAGGAGCACAGGGUGAUAUCUUGAGUGUAGACGAGCCUGUUAUGGCUUCUUCCAUCUUCGUAGCUGGGGGUGCACCGCCGCCGCCCCUGAUCAGGUCAACCAAACCAAACGCCAAAAAAAGCAAUGCAUAGCUUCAUUCUAAGAAGGACAAUAAAUCAGUGCCCAUACUUAAUGCAAGUGUUAUUUAUGAGACAGCAUAACUCGUG